AUGUCUCGUAACACGCAGCGACACCCGCAGUCAGCAGCGACGGCGGUGGAGCAGGCUUCUACAUCUUCUCCAAUGUCCCAAUCAAUAGCAUCGACGUCGUCGUCUGACCCAUAUCUACCGACACCUUCACGCCGUAGCUCCUUUCCCGAGAAUCAGACCGCUGUGGCAACGCCGGCUCACUUCUCCGAGGCUCCCACACGUGUCAACUCGCUCGACUUCUCGCUGCCCCACGACAAGCUGCACAAGCUGCACGAACAGAUCGAGAAGGGAGACUCGACCGCUAUCGCCGAGUACGAGAAGCUCGCUCAUCUUCAUCAGCUUCCACCGCACGAGCAUCUCAAAUCGCACUUGCACGCACAGCGUCACCACAGAUCUCAUAAGGACGACGACGCGGAGUCGGGCGCGAACGCUCAAGAUGGCAGCAUACUGGAAGAAGGAUCGCGUUCGGACGAUGCCAGUGGUGGAGCGGAGAAAAUGGGAAACGAGCAGGAGAAGCUGCCUGCUGUCAUGCUGACGGAAGAUGAAGACCCGAAUCAUUGGAGCGUCCGUCGAAAGUGGACGGUCACUGCUCUGGUCUCGUUCCUCUACUUCAACUCCACCAUCACCUCGUCCGUUGGCACAGGCGCCACGCUCCAGUACAUCGCGCAGUUCGGCAUUUCGCAGGAAGUUGCAGCCCUUGUGCUGUCCAUCUAUAUGAUCGGCUUCUGCGUCGGUCCCCCGCUCUGGGCUCCUAUCUCAGAGCUGUACGGGCGCUGCAUCGUCAACUACAUCUCCGUCCUAGGCUACUUUGUCUUCAACAUCGGGUGCGCGCUCGCGAACAACGUUCAGACGCUGCUCGUUUGCCGCUUCUUCGUCGGCCUCUUUGCUGCUGCGCCUCAAUCCAACUCGGGCGGAACCAUCUCAGAUAUCUGGCUGCCAAGGGUUCGUCUUUGGCCCAUGUUCACCUACUCUUUGUCUGCUUUCAUGGGCCCUACCCUGGGCCCGCUGGUAGGCGGAUACAUCUCGGGCGACCUGCCUGACUCGCAACGAUGGAGGUGGAUCUACUGGAUGCUCUGUAUGAUCUCAGCUGUCUCUAUGCUGUUGAUCAUCCUCAUCCAGUCAGAGUCUUAUGCUCCCGUCCUGCUCAAACGCAAAGCUCGUCGCAUGCGUGCAGAAACGGGCCGCAAUGACAUCCUGGCUCCUGACGAGACCCUGAACGAGGAUGGAACCCUUGCGCCCAUCUCGUGGUCAGAAAUUCUUCGUGUAUACGUUGGCAGACCAUUCCAUAUGCUCUUCACCGAAGCGCCACUGAUGUAUGCCACGCUCUGGACGUCGUUCUGCUACGCCAUCAUUUUCAUCUUCUUCGAGGCCUACCCAGUCGUCUUCUCUGGCACGUACGGUUUCAAUGCGGGCGAAGUCGGUCUCGCUUUUCUGGCGAUCGGACUCGGGAUUGCCCUUUCAGCUCCGAUCGUGGGCUGGUUCAACAAGCGCUCGAUCAAGGCGCGCAUCGCUGCUGGAGGCAAGCCCGUGCCCGAAUCUCGGCUGCCUCAAGUAGCUCUCUCGGCACCUCUGUUCGCCAUCGGCUUCUUCUGGUUUGGCUGGACGGCACGCGCAUCCAUCCAUUGGAUCGUCCCCAUCCUCGCCGGCCUGCCUAUCGGCAUCUCGCUCAUGCUCGCUUUCAACUCGCUGGCGACGUACGCGGCAGAGUGCUAUCACAUCUACACGGCGUCGGCUCUCGCAGCGAUGGCCUUCUCGAGGUGUCUCUUUGCCAUCUUUGUACCGCUCUUCGGCAGGCAGAUGUUCGAAGGACUGGGUACGGGGUGGGCGUCGAGCUUGCUGGGAUUUGUUUCGAUCGCUGCGAUCCCGAUCCCGUUCGUGUUUUUGAAGUAUGGAAAGGCGAUUCGACAGAGGAGCAAGAUGUGUAUCAAUGCUUGA